AUGGCCAACACCGCUUCGCAGGCCGCUGCGCGACUCUGGCAGCACGCUGGUCUCCCGCAGUCGACGCUCGAGCACCUGCACUUGCCCGGAGACGACCCGCUUCCCUCGUCAUUCCUCCUCGGCUCCGCUGCGCAGGCGACGAUAGGCGUGGCCGCUCUCGCCGCUGCUCAGCUUCUGGCGCUAAGAGCGGGAGAAGGGGUCGUCGACGUGGCGGUUCCAGUGCAGGACGCUGUCGCAGAAUUCCGCUCGGAGCACGUCGCAACUCUCGACGGCGAGGCGGUCUUCGAGUGGGAUGAGUUGGCGGGACAAUAUCGGACGAUGGACGGCUGGAUCCGGCCUCACACGAACUGGCGACACCACAAGGAGGGGUUUCUCGACUUGCUAGGUCUGCCGCACAACGCGAAGAAGGCGGAUCUUGCGGCCGCUCUGCUCGACCGCGAGGCGGACCAAGUAGCUGAGGCAGCUAUGGAGCGCGGACUGGUCUGCACAGCUAUGCGUUCCUUUGAGGAGUGGGACGCCCAUCCACAAGGCCAAGCUGCCCACUCUCGCGACGCCUCCGCUCCGUUCACCCUAACGAAGCUUGAUUCGAGGCCACCAAAGCCUUUCCCGCCGCUCAUAUCCCGCAAGCCGCUGGAGGGAGUCAGGGUGCUCGACUUGACGCGGGUCAUUGCUGGUCCUGUCGCGGGCAGAACGCUUGCAGCGUACGGAGCCGACGUCCUCUGGGUCACCUCUCCCAACCUCCCCUCUCUCCCCGGUCUCGACUUCGACACCUCACGCGGCAAGCGCUCCAUCCACCUCGACCUGCGCUGCCCUACAGACCGCGCAACAUUCACCUCCCUCCUCUCCACCGCGGACGUCCUCCUUCAAUCUUACCGACCCGGUGGCCUCAACUCUCUCGGUUUCGGCAUCGAAGAAGUCCGGAAGGUCAAUCCCGAUAUCGUAUACGCGUCCCUCACAGCUUGGGGAGCGGUCGACGGGCCAGCAGCGGAGAAGGGCGGACCAUGGGCGAGGAGGAAAGGGUUCGACUCGCUCGUUCAGUUCGCUUGCGGGAUGGGCGAGGCGGAGGGGAGAGCUUGGGGGGAGUUUGAGCGAGGAAGCGAGGCGAAGGAGAAGGAGACGGUACCGAAGGCUCUGCCUUGCCAAGCGCUCGACCACGGGUCAGGCUACAUCCUGGCCUUUGGCAUCAUGGCGGCUCUCUAUCACCGCGCAACGACAGGCGGCAGUUACCUGCUCACCAACACGCUCCUCUCGACCGCUCACUUCAUCCGCUCCCUCGGCCGCCGUUCGCCCUUCGAAGCGUUCGGUCGUCCUGACAUCAAAAUCGAAACAGUAAACGAGUUGAGAGCACGAGGGCAGAUGGCGACGUGUUCAGGCUUCGAGGGAAAGACAGUCGAGUAUGUACGGCAUGCGGCGAAAUUUGAGGGAGACGUCAAGGUUGGAUGGGAGCGGGCGCCAGCGGGACUCGGUGCGGACAAAGUAGAAUGGCUUCCUAGACAACACGAGUGA